CAUACAUUCCAACCCAUCAUCGCCCUCAUCCUAACCCUAACUCUAAUCCCAAUAUAACCCUCAUCCCAACCCAAUAUAAUCACAUCUUCAAAAUCUACAAAUGGCAUCAGAUUGUCCCACCAUUUCCCUUCGCUCUAACGACUACAACGCCAACACGACACAGCUGAUCCUAGCACAACGAUGGCAGGACAGUCCCAAGGACGACAGGCAGCGUCUCGAGAAGUGCUGGGGGUAUACGGACUGCGGGGACUGUCACCGGAGUGAGGGGUUCUGCGGGUGGUGCGCUAUCGUGAGUUCUUUGAAUUACCUUUAUAACCUCCUUGCUUGAUAUCUUUCUGUGACGAUCCGGUGAAGUGCAUGGGAGUAUUUUGAUAUCACGUGUACUGUCGACCAUACAUGUAUCCCAUGUUCAUGUUUCUUUUUUUUUGAUAACGUACUCCUCGCACUCCUCCUCCUCCUUCUGCUUCUACUUCUUCCAUCACAUAUUCUUACAAAAACCCCCCCUCACCCUUCGAACAAAAAAACAGUCCUCGACCUGCCUCCCCCUCCCCACCACCUCCCCCUUCUACGCCACCUUCCCGCUCCUCGCGCCCAUCCGCUACAAAUCCAUCUGCGCGCUCGGCCCCGAGCGCUUCGAACUCCGCACUGCGGGCC